AUGGGAAACACGAUCUCUUCACUACUGACCGGUGACCCCAACGACAUAUCACUAAAUCUCAUAGGUCUGUAUGGCUAUCAGAAUGUGGUGAUCCACACAGCCCAGGUCCUGGGCUCUGGAUCCUACGGCAAUGUGGUGAAGGCAACACUGGAUAAAAAGUCAUGUGCUGCUAAAAUCCUCCAUCGAGUCAUCGUGGACUCCCAGGACCCUGGACUCUCUGACUUCAUCUCUCGAUUUGAGCAGGAGUGCCAGAUCUUGCGAGACCUGAAACACCCCAACAUAGUCCAGUUCCUGGGUGUGGUCCAAGACCCCACCACCAACAAGCCCAUUCUCCUCAUGGAGCUGAUGAAAGACAGUCUGACGCACUUUCUGGAGAGCUCGCCAACCGACAUACCCUACCACGUCCAAGCGAACAUCUCCCACGACAUAGCUCUAGCAGUGGCUCACCUGCACAGGAAUGGCAUCCUCCAUCGAGACCUGUCCAGCAACAACAUCCUCCUGAAUGCCAGCCACCUGGCCAAGGUGACCGACUUUGGCAUGUCCAAGAUCGCAGCCUCCAAUCCCUCCAUGACCCGCAGUAAGGUGACCCAGUGUCCAGGAACACUGGUCUACAUGCCACCAGAGGCCCUUCGUCCCCAGCCUCGCUACUCCGACAAGAUCGACACUUUCUCCAUUGGAGUUCUCCUUCUCCAGAUUGUCACCAGAAAGUUCCCUGCUCCCACUGCCGCUUCUGUUGUAAGGGAAGAUCCAAACUCCCCCACGGAAGAAAGCUACAUUCCGGUUUCCGAGAUUAACCGAAGAAAAGUGGAUCUUGACAAAGUCCUAGUUUCCCAUGGUUUUCUUCCAGUCAUUAGGGACUGCCUCAAAGACAAAAGUAAAGACAGACCAACAGCUGCCCAGCUCUGCCGCAGUCUGGGCCAACUAAAGCAUACUGCAGUCUACAGUGGGAGUCUUGGUGCGCUACCUUUUGAUGGAAGAACAGAGCUCCACGAUGCUGCUGAGAGAGGAGAUGUGAAGGCAGUUGAGAGACUCCUCUCCACUUCUGUCAAUAUCAACUCCAGGACUGAGGAUGAAGGAGACACUGCUCUACUGUUAGCCUCUUACCUAGGUCAUGUUGAGGUUGUACGUCUGUUGCUCAAGGCUGGGGCUGCAGUCUUCAUUCCUGACAAGUGUCGCAAGACUCCACUGUACAUGGCUUCAUUCUAUGGUCACAGAGCAGUAGUGGAGCUGCUACUAGAGAAUGGAGCUGAUGUCAGCAUCUGCAGUGAGGAUGGUCACAGUCCGCUCUAUGUUGCCAGUUGUAAUGGACACACUGAGGUGGUGGAUGUUCUGGUGAAAGCAGGAGCUGAUGUCAAUCAGGCUACAAUCAGGUAU